ACAGGGGUCUAUUUUAGUGAGACCUUCCCAUGCAUGCUGAAACUAUAAAUCUAGGGAUUUUCUUCUUUCCUCGGUCAGCCAGUUAACUCGCACUCCUGUCUUUUGUUCUUCUAGCAGGAUCACUUCAGCUCGUCGCCUGGGCUUGAAGGAGAGCGCCACCUGCUGAACACAGCUAUACACACAGUUUGCUGGGAACUUUUCUCUCCUCAAGUAGAGAUUCUACACUGAUAACAAAAGUAAUAGCUCUUUGCUUUGAUGUGACAACAGUGGUCCUGUCAUCCUGAAGAUAAGGCUGUUGAAUACAGUACUGGACAUGCUGAUAAAGAGAAGGAGAGGGAGCAAGUGCUCAGGGAGAGAGUUCCUCCGGCCGGUCAGAAGCAACAGGAAUUAACGUUACAGCAACACUGCAAGGAUUUGCAUCACAAGAUAGACGUGAUUGAUAAGGAACGCUAAUAUUAAUUGGCAUUAAGGUGACCAAAGAUGACAAAGAGAUACAGGAAAUGAAUCAGAAGAUGUAUGAGAUGAAGAGCAAGCUAAAGAGGCCUAACCUGAAGGGAGUCAAACUGCCAGCUGAACACAUGUUCUUCUAGGCUCCAAACACACACAGUCCAUUGACAUCAAAGCUAACCUGAAGACAGUGAAGAAAGAAGAGGAGUUUAUAUGGACAGAAGUGCUAAUAUAAAAAACAAGUAUCUGUAUUUAUCUUCCACAGAAAGAAGAGGUGACUGACUGGUGUAAAAAUGUAGAGGAAUUGUCUGGAAUGGAGGGCAGGAAGAAGCUGUUUGAUGCUGGACAGUGGCAGCAGUAUCAGACCAAAGAUGACGUCAAAGAUAUGGCAGCCUACAACAACAUAUCAGGAAGAAGAAGAAACACUGCGCAUUCAUCACUUCUUCAUGUUCAAGGUCCCUUAUUGAUGGUUGUGAAAAUAUCUGUGAUUUCAGAUCUGAAUUAGUUAAGCAUUUAUCAAAAUAUUGAAAUUAUUCCAAUAUAAUCUUUAAAUACAAUAAUAUUAUUAAUAUUUUCUUGUAAAGAAGAUAUGAGAGAUUGUUUUUCACCAAGAUAUGCAGUAUAUAUAAUAAAAAAAUAAAAUAAAAAACAAAACACAAAAAACAAACAAUAAUACUUGACACUUCAUUCCCGUUCAAAUUAAAUUAGAUCAUGCAAUGUGUUCACAUAUAUGGUCUCAUUAAUGCUGUAUUGUUGGGCUCACCCUUAGUCUAGAGAACAUAAAAUACACUUGAGCAGCAGGUGCUCCGUCACUCUGCAGUCUGGGAUGUGAAGCAUUUGACAGUAAGAAUGGUGUGGACAAUAGUUUAUUUUAGCGAGCCUCUCACGAGUGCUUCAGAAUCUAUAAAUCUGCAGAGUUUCUUCCCUGUGGCCAAAACAGUCACACUUCCAUCAUCUGAGAGGUAAGGGCCUUCAGCUUAUGGCGACUUCUAACAAUUCAUGCAUAUUAGACAGUAGCUAUAGAUUGUUUUGUGUUGCUUUUUACCCUACAUCUCUUCACUGACAUUACAAAAAAAAAAGUAAAUAUAUGAAAUGUCUUUAAUUUAAAUUUGUACUGUAAAUGCUUGUAUGUCUGUACAAAGCACUUAUGUGCCUAAUCUAGUUUUUUUUAUUUAUUUUUUUAAUAUUUUGUAAUUUAUAAGCCUCCAGGAAAAAACAAAGGCAUUAAAAUGUCUGAACCUGCUCCGAAAAAGCCCAAGAUUUCUGCAUCUCGUCGGUUAUUCUUAAAGACCAAAAUACUGAAGAAGGCCAGCACCCUGCUGGCAGAGGAGAAGGAACAGAAGAAGACUGACAGAGAGCAAACACUCAGUGAGCGAGUUCCUCCUCUUCAGCUGUCUGGAAUCUCUGUACAGGAUUUACAGAAUCUGUGCAAAGAACUCCAUCAAAAAAUUGAUGUUGUCGAUGAGGAACGAUAUGAUGUUGAAUCUAAAGUUGCCAAAAAUGAAAAGGAGAUUGCAGAUUUAAACUACAAAAUCUUUGAGCUGAAGGGAAAAAUGAAGAGACCUGCCCUGAAGAGAGUGAGGGUGUCUGCCGAUGCCAUGCUUGGGGCUCUGCUAGGUGCCAAACACAAAGAAUCCAUUGACUUUAAAGCUAACCUCAAGACAGUGAAGAAGGAGGAGGAAAAGAAAGAAGAAGUGACCGACUGGCGUAAAAAUGUGGAUGCUAUGUCUGGCAUGGAGGGCAGGAAGAAGAUGUUUGCAGGACCAAAUGCAUAAUGAAUUCUUUAAAAAUUAUAAAACAAAUUAAAGUCCAAUGUGAAAGCUAUUUAAAAAUACACAUAUUUAACUGCUGUUUAAUUGUGGUUAUGUAUUUGUUUUAUUGCAUAAACAGCAGUAUUAAUGAAAAACAAUUGUAUGAGGAAUUCACAAAACUGUGCUAUUGUUAUAACCACAUUGAUCAGUUCAAAUAUUGAAACAUGAUUUACGACACAUAUAAAACAUUUAUUUAUGUUAAUACUUGUUUAUUAUAUGAUUGCAUUUGUCAUUAUAUAAUAACGGUUAUAUUGUAAUAAUAUUUAUAUGUGAUCGGUUGUGUGAAUAUUGAGGAACAAUA